AUGGAGAUGGAGCAAGUUGAAAGACAAAGUCUUGCAGUGUCAUCCAUCGGAGUUGUUUUACUCCCUAACGUGCAGACAUCAAACCAAGAGAUCAAAUGGCGAGCCCGUGGUGGACCGAAAACCCAAGCAAUCCAUCGCCAGCGCCGACGGCGAGCCCCCACAGGACGGAAUUCCCCACGACGACGACGACAACGCGACGGAACAGCUGAACUGCAGCCCCGCAGCCGAAAGCCACGCGGCAGGCCACGGGCAGCAAGAACAAGCCCGGCCCCCGAUCCUCAUCACCCGAGAGUCCCCAACGCCUCGCGCUCCCACGUCCUCGAGAUCGCCAGCGGCGCCGACAUCGUCGACGCCGUCGACUCCUUCUCCCGCCGCCGCCAGCGAGGGGUCUCCGUCCUCAGCGGCACCGGCGUCGUCGCGACUGUCCGCCAGCCGGCGGCCCGCCGGGGCCGUCGUCAGGCUCCACGGCGCCGCUUCGAGAUCCUGUCGCUGUCCGCCUUCCUCCCGGCGCCCCCGGCGGCAGAGGCGGCGGCCGGGCUGACUGUGUACCUCGGGGGGCGGGCAGGUGGUGGGGGGAGCGUCGUCGGGGAACUGGUGGCGGCGGGGCCGGUGAUGGUGAUCGCGGCGACGUUCGGGAACGCGACGUACGAGAGGCUGCCGAUGCCGGAGGAGGGGAGGUGGUGGGGCCGAUGGGAUGCCGGGUUGGGGGUGGCCACGGGGACUGGAGCCGAUGGCGGCUGCCAUGUUUAAUUUGGCGGCGCCCGGCGAGUUGAUGGGGAGUGGGCAGGAGGUUUGCGGUUGGGCUGCUCGGCCUCGACUCGUUUUGAGUUUAGGUUUUAUUCUGUUUUUUUUUUUUUAAAUUUCCCCUCCCCUGUUUUGAUUCUGCCUCUAGUUAAUUUAGUUGUAAUAUUGAUCAAAUAUUUGAAUUGGUCCCAUUAAACUCGUACAUAAACA